AGUAGUCAAAACAUCCGAGAUUUCUACUCGAGUCGAGUUUGUCAUUGUUGAUUAUGAUUGUUUAUAAUUGUUUCGUAUUAAGUGUUUGUAAAUAAAAUAUAAAUACAACCAAAAGUAACUGUGUAAACUAGAGCAGCGGUAACGGUUCGCUCAUUAUUCUUAAUAUUUAACUACAUAUUGCGCCAUCAAAAGUCUACAUGAGCUUACAUUUGGAAGAAGCCAACGAGACACAACAACUUAUGCAGAAUGAGGUUGAAGAAGAUGAGCAUAAAGUGCCUCAUGCGGCAACAUCACCUGUUACAAGCAAUAAAUUGUCGAGUGGCGCUGCCAGUCUGACAUCAAAGAAUCUGGCCCAGACUGUGUCUGGUGUAGGCAACAGCAGUGUAAAUGAGUCGACAAAGAUAUCAUAUGUCAGUGAGAAACAAAAUCGAUUAAAUCGAGACAAUAACAUGAUGCGAUCCACUAACAAACCAAAGAAUAUUCCAAAAGAAACACCAGAUGUCAAAAAUAUGGAAAAGGCCUUGUUAGAAUUGUUAGAUGACUUCCACACUGGUAAACUAAGUGCAUUUGGUACAGGUUGUAGUAUGGAACAAAUGAUAAAUAUAAGAGAUCAGCAGGAGCACUUGGCACGUUUACAUUUUCGUUUGUGUGCUGAUGUUGAGAAGCCUACGGAGGAUAGUUUUGAAAACUCUGCAUCUCGGGAUAAAAUGGCUCAGCUAGUUCAGAGCCUUGAACAACUUUCUGCAUCUAUUGAACACUUACACUCUGAUGUAAAUGGCACUGACAAACCAACGUGAAAACUUUGUACCUAAUAGCUUAUUUAAAACUAUGUACAACCUUUAUAAUUUUAAGCUAAUCAUGUACCUAAUCAUAUUGUCCACAUGCUCAGAUGAUUUUCAUGUCAACAAAUCAUUCAAUGUUUUUAAUGUUUACUAACAUGUUGCCUAGAAAGUUAUAGUUUUAUCAAUUUCAACUUUCGUAGUCAAUUUUUGAAGCUGGAGAGUUCUUGUUUCUGGAUUUGUCCAAGAUGUAUUUUUCAUGAAAAGUAUGUUAACAUUUCUAUUUUAAUUCAUUGAAAUUGGGUAUUGGAUUUAGCAAUAUUUGAACUGAAUGUUAUUUAGAUCUUAUUAAAUAAGACUAAAAUAAUAACAGAUCACCUUUUUAUUUAAUAAAGAAAUAAUAAUAGUUUUGUGUAUUUGAAUAAAGGGGUAUGAAAAUGGUCA